AUGAACGGAUCCAUCCCUGUUGCCAUUAACAGCUCUAUGAUCCUGACGUUCAAUUCUACGGGACCGAACGGAAGUUUUCCGCUACCUGAUGCGGGAGUGAACGGCUUCAAUCCUACGCCUGGCCAGUUCAUCGGUGCCCCGGGUAGCACCAACUUCCAAUCCGUGAGCGGUAUGCCCUCCAGCUUCCAGCCUCAGGGUGUCAACAACUUCGGACCUACCAACGGUGUGUUCCCCAGCUUCCCUCCGCCUCAGGGUGGCGGCAACUUUGGACCGGGCUUUAACGGCAUGCCACCCCCGUUCCCGCCGCCCCAGGGUGGCAGCAACUUUGGACCCAGCGUUAACGGUAUGCCACCUCCUUCUCCUCCCAACGGUGGCAACAUCAACGGUGCCCCUUUCCCCGGACCCUCGAAUAACCAACAACCACAAAACUUCAACCAACAAGUCCCACAAAACUUUAACCAACAAGUCCCGCAAAACUUUAACCAGCAAGUACCAUACAACUUUAACCAACAAGCUGGCAACGCUCAAGGAAUUUCCCCGAACGGCCCUGUAACCCCCCUUUAA